UUUAAUGUCAAAAUUCAUAAAGGCUAGCAAAUGUCCACAAUUUAUUUAAACCUGGGUGGGAACCGACAAAUCACAGCUCCUGAGGCGUUUCUCUACCGACCAAUGAGCAAAAGAGAAGUGCAAUCGUGAACACUUGCAGUAAACUGACCUUUCUAGCCGUCUCAUCUGACAGAACGGUCUCUUUACAAAAUCAUCAUGCCGUUCAUUGAUUUAGAAAGUAACUUACCUGCUAGUAAGUUUUCUGAGGAGUUCUUGAAAAAGCUGGGGUACCAAACAGCUGCUAUUCUAGGCAAACCCGAAGAGAGAAUGAUGUUGGUGGUGAAACCUGGACUGCCAAUGCUCAUGGGUGGAACUUGCGCUCCGUGCGUGAUACUGUCUGUGUCCGCCAUCGGUGUCACUGACACUGCGGUGAAGAACAACGAACACAGUGCCAAUAUCUUCACUUUUCUUACUGGAGAACUUGGUCUUACUGAGGACAGGAUCGUGAUCAGGUUCUAUGCACUGGAGCCACAUCAGGUCGGAAAGGAAGGAACUGUUAUGAGUUACCUGUAGGAGGCACUAUGGACGACAGAGUGACUUCAAGCAUCCAUUCCACAACAGUUGCCAUCGGCGAGAACAAACCCUGCCAGUGGAUUUCCACCACUCAAUUGGACAAGAGUGCCACAUGUCAUCAUUAAGACUUGUAUUGCAUUUUAUCAUAAUGGAAUUUGAUCCCAUGGAAUUUGACCCAAUGACACUAUGCCCUGGAACCAGGACUUGUUCAUUUCAAUUACUGUACAUGUCUGCAAUAGUAAACCAGGGAUGUAGCUCAGUUGGUAGAGCAUGGCGUUUGCAACGCCAGGGUUGUGGGUUUGAUUCCCACGGGGGGUAUG